AUGCGCGAGGCCAUACACGAGCAGACCACCCGGCAGCCCGCGACCAUCGCGCGACACUGGGCGAACCGCCUCAAAAGCCUGCUCGAGCGGGCUCAAGAACUUCAGCCCUCGGAGCUCGCAGCCCUAGCUGAAACGGACGCAAUCCUACAGCAGGUGAACUCCGGCAAGAGGGUGUUGUUGAUGAGCGAGAUCUUGAGCUCCAUCCAGUACCCCGAUCUGGAG